AAUACUUGUGAUGUGCAUUCAACUGUUCGAGUACCAUGCGGAAGUCCAGAUAUCAGUGCCGACAAUUGUGAAGCUCUUAACUGCUGCUAUAAUGGAGGCAUGUGUUACUUCGGGAAAAUGGUGACUGUCCAGUGCACAAAAGACGGUCAGUUCAUUGUGGUAGUGGCUCGAGAUGCCACUUUACCCAGCAUUGACCUUGAGACCAUAUCACUCUUGGGAGAUGGUCCUCGCUGUACGGCUGUUGACUCAAAUUCUGCCUUUGCCAUCUACCAAUUUCCUGUGACCGCUUGUGGCACUGUUGUUGCGGAGGAGCCCGGUAUGAUUAUCUAUGAGAAUAGGAUGACCUCCUCGUAUGAAGUUGCAAUGGGACCUCUGGGAGCUAUUACCAGGGAUAGCAGUUUUGAUUUACUCUUCCAGGCCAGAUACAGAGCCACUUCAGUUGAAACAUUGCUUGUAGAAGUACUACAAAUAUCAGAUCCACCUCUAUCAGUGUCUGCCAGUGGUCCCAUCAAUGUUCAGAUGAGGUUGGGUAAUGGACAAUGCCUUUCAAAGGGUUGUAAUGAAGAGGAAGUGGCCUACAACUCUUACUAUAUGUCCACGGACUAUCCUGUGACCAGAGUUUUGAGGGACCCUGUCUACGUGGAGGUUCAACUCAUGGACAGGUCCGACGCCAAUCUUGUCCUCAACCUUGGGCGUUGUUGGACCACCACCAGUCCAAAUCCUCACAGUUUGCCUCAGUGGGACCUUCUCAUCGAUGGGUGUCCUAACAGGGAUGAUCGCUAUAGGUCCUCCCUGGUUCCAGUUGGGUCCAACUCUGGUCUGGACUUCCCAAGUCAUUACAGGCGUUUUAUAUUCCAAAUGUUUACCUUCGUAGACCCAAGCUCACUUGAACCACAAAAGGAACAGAUUUACAUUCAUUGCAGUACAUCUGUUUGUAAUGCCGGAUCUGGCUUCUCUUGUGAGCCGAAUUGCUUCAGUCGCAGAAGAAGGGAAGCGAAAGAUGCAGUCCAGAAGCAGGCUGAACCAAAGAUUGUGGUGUCCUCUGGACCUGUGGAGAUGGUUAGCCCUACAGUGUAA